AUGACUUACACGACAACUGCGCCAUCCCAACAAAAUUCCAGCGAGAAUAAUGAAUUUUGCAAAUUAAUAGAAAAUGACGAAGGAUUUCGUUUGGGACAUUUGAGACUUUACAAAGCAGAAUUAUUGGAAGCAGUUGACAAUGUGGAAAAGUUGAAGCAAUUUCAGCAGUUUUUCGAUGAUUCGAAAUAUUUUACUCGGCUUUUGGAUUUAUACAAGAAUAGUUCCACUAGAAAAAUUGCGCUAAAUAAUUUCUGGCGUCGGAUUUGCUUUAAUUGUCAGGCCAUGGAUCACAUAUUAUCUCUAGCUGUUAAAGAGAACAGAAAGCUGCUUGAUUCGAUUUACGAAAAUAUAUCAGCGAAAUCAUUGGAAUAUUACCGUAAAAUGUUCCAUGAAGAUACGAAAGGAAUGGAUAAAAUUACAAUGACAGUUGAACCGCUAUCGAUUUGUGAUGGGUUAAAGGGUGUAGGUUAUGAGUCUAUUAAGAAUGUCGUACGAAAAAUGAUGGAAACCAAAAAAUAUGAAGAAGCGGCAUGUUAUCUGAUGAGGAAUCUUCCUAAAAUGAAAAAUUUGGCAAGUGAACCAUCCAGCUGGUAUUUCGAUUUCUUAAAUGCUUGCUGUAUUGAUAGUGCUAACCGUUCAAUACCCGAAUUUAUUGAUCCUGACUACAAAGCCCACUUGGAUGCCUACAAUGAGCAGUGUCAAAUCUUGAACAUAUCUCAAAAUAAAUUGAGUCUUCAAAAUGGAUUACCGAAUAUUAUGGAAGAGCUGGAAGAACCAGAAAAACCGGAAAAUCGCACUCAAGAACAUUACAAGAAAUAUCGGAUGAAAGCAUUUAGUGAUGAAAAGUUGGAGAGUGUGGAGGAUGCAGAAUCAAUUGAAUUGCGACUAUACCAACAAGAACUGGUCGAAACAGCAUGUCGAGGAGUGAAUACAAUCAUUUGUGCUCCAACUGGUUCAGGAAAAACUGUCGUAGCUGCACACAUUAUCCUAGAACAUUUUCGAGCUAGGAACAUUAAAAAUAAACCGUCCAGGGUUGCAAUGCUUGUGCCAACAAUUCCACUUGUAGAACAACAGUGUAUAAUGUUGAAUCGUUAUUUGCGAAAAACGUUCUGGGUCGAUGGUAUGAGUGGAAGUGAACCAGUCAGUGAAAGUGGACGUGCUCCAAAUGUUUUAGCAAUUCUAAUGCGAAUGUUGCACAGAUUUGAUGGCCCAAAGCCACAAAUUAUUGGUCUGACUGCUUCGCUACCACUUGGUGCUGGCCGUGCAAAUGUUGAAGCAGCACUUGAUCAUAUGGUGGAUUUGUGUGCCAAACUCUCUGCUCAUUCCAUUAGUACAGUUCGGAAACAUGUAGAAAAUCUUCGUUAUUAUGUACAGCCACCUGUAGAUGACAUAAGACGCGCUCAUCGAUCUGAUAUGGACAGUUUCUCUCAAUCAUUAUUAAUCUGUAUGAGAAAAAUUGAAUCGGUUGUAAAGCCGGAACUUGAAAAACUAAUCGAAAAUAAAAUUAUUGAUUUUAAAGUGGAGGAAACUGCAUUUCCGGCACACCGCAACUCACCGCGUUACGAGAGCUUUAUUGGAAGUUUAAAAAAUCGUUUAAUGGAAUUAUCUGGUGAUAAACUGAAGCAUCAAUUGAUUAAACUGCUUGAACAUCUCGGGUAUUAUUAUCGCGCUCUCUGCCUGAGUGAUUUGCUGCCGAGUUGGUAUGCUUGCAGAUAUUUGCAUGAAAAUAUAAUAAAAGCUUUUCCCGAUGCAGGUAAUGGUACAACGAUUCAGAAUCAGUUGGGAAAGCUUUUUGAAAAAUUUAUGAAACCGUAUACAUUAAAUUUCAAAGAAAGUGACAUGGGUGAAGAAAAAGAAAUCUUGAAAAUGUUACACACUAUUUUGCGUGAACAGUAUGUUUUGGAUCCAACAUCCAGAACGAUAAUCUUUGUGACGACACGCCAAUUGGCCCAAUAUCUGUCGCAUCAUUUGAACACUGUCAAAAUUGUCGAUGGAACAAGUCGUUCAAAUCGAUCAUAUGCUGUGAAUGGUCAGACUGCUGAAGAGCAGCGAACUGUAAUUGAAAGUUUCAAUCAGGGUACUUUGAAGGUUUUAGUAGCAACAUCAGUUGCUGAAGAAGGUUUGGACAUUUCUGCAUGUAAUCUAAUCAUCAAAUACAACAAUACAGGUUCUGAGAGGUCAUUGAUUCAGAGAAGGGGUCGAGCUCGGGCGAAGCAUAGUAAAUCAAUCUUGCUAGCGUUAGAUGGUUCUAUAGAAGAGAAGGAAUUAGAAAACAUUCAAAAAGAACAUUUAAUGAGACGUUGCCUACAACAUAUGCAAACAAAGUCGGAAAACCAAAUGAAGCAGUUGGUAGAAGCAAAACUUAAACAAAUGAAAGCCCUUUAUGAGGCAAAUUUGGUGCGAGAGAAUGAGAGAAAACGUUCGCUUGAAGGAAAAUGUUAUGAUUUGAAAUGCCGUCUCUGUGGUGCGUUUAUAUGUAAAAGUAGUAGUAUGCGCAUUGCGUGUGAUAGUCAGUAUGUUUGCUGCGACCCAACAAUUUGGGAACGGAUUGAUGCACGAGUUCACAGUGUAAAGUCAUUGGCAAUUGCAACGCUAGUUGGUAAACUUCACUGUAAAGGAACUAGCGAAUCAGGCUGUAACGAAGCGCUAGGUACAAUUGUCAAAUUAUACGGUGCUUUCCUGCCAACGAUAGCAGCAAAGGCGAUAAUAAUUGACGAUAAGGAAGAAUUAUCUGGUCGAUCACAACAUGAAAAAAAGUGGGACUCUAUAACGUCUGACAAAUUUUGCAUCGAGCCAAUUACUGAGUUCGACCUUAAAGUGAUGUUGAACUCGUUGUAUAACUACUCACGAGAGCAGCACCUUCAAUUUGAAGCCGAAGCAGGACUCGCUAUCAGGCGUGCUCUUAUUGAAAUGAAAAAAGAAAAGCAACCUCUCGCAGAGCAAUAA